UGUUUUAUUUUCCUGUUGGAUUUCGCUGGGACUUCUACAUUUCGCUCCAAAAUGCACCUCACUUGGGAGGAUUGCCCGGAGGACAAGAUUGUGACAGUUGAGUACCUGUGCACUAAGUCGGGGGGACAGAACACCACCUGUCUCAGGAGGAGAUGCUGUGAGGGGUACCGAUUUGUGAUGGGCCAGUGCAUACCAGAAAGUGUGGAUGUGUGUGCGGCCUCCCCCUGCGAGCAGCAGUGCACUGACCACUUCGGACGGGUCGUCUGCACCUGUUACCCUGGGUUUCGCUUUGAUCGAGAGCGUCAUCGCAGUCACCAGUACCCAUACUGCCUCGAUGUGGAUGAGUGUGUGGAGUCGAAUGGCACAGUGUGUGAGCAGACCUGUGAGAACACGCCGGGCAGCUUCCUGUGUCACUGUCACAGCGGCUACAGCCUGGGCGUCGACCAGCGAUCCUGCGUCCCCCGUCACAACCUGAGUGCCUCGGGUGGGAAGUCGGACACUCAGGUUAGUGCUGGGUCCUGCUCCUUCACCUGCCAGGACUUCAUCAGCAUGAGGACCAGCCUACUGCAGCUGAAACUGAGGCUGACUAGUGCUCCGCCCAGCCCCCAGAUACCGUCCCCAGACCUACCCAACAGCAGUGACAAGCCAUCACAAAGGUGGGGGGUGAAAGGGCCUAACACCCCCACUCUACCUGGCUCCCCCGGACCCCCUGGAGCACCAGGAAUGCUGGGACUACCAGGAGGGAAAGGGGAAUCUGGAACCAGGGGCCCACCCGGCCCUCAGGGGCCACGGGGGGACAUGGGCCCCAUGGGGCCAGAGCCAGACCUGGGGCAUGUUAAGAGAGGACGCAGGGGCCCAGUGGGCCCGGCAGGUGCACCAGGGAGAGAUGGGAAGAAGGGGGACAGGGGCCCUCCUGGUCCGAGAGGCCCACCGGGACCUCCCGGCUCCUUCGACUUCCUCCUGCUGAUGCUGGCCGACGUUCGCAAUGACAUCAUGGAGCUGCAGGAGCAGGUGUUCAGGAACGGGCGUGGCGUGGCCCUGGAGGACCCGCCUCUGUCUAGCAGAGAGAAUGCUCGUAAUGAAUGGGGUUCGGGGGACUAGAGGAGGUAUCGCACAGCACCUGACACUGGGAGUCUCAGGUAUAGCGCCGCCUAAAGGAAAUGCCAGAGAAGAAAAAUAAAUAUUCCAGCACAAACUCUGAAUGUACAUUCAUUGUCCUGGGACGCGCAAAUGCUUUAAAACGCUUGCCCUCUGCCUGCUUUGUGGCUGGCAUCAACAGUUUUGACAUUUCCUUGUGUACUUCCAAGAUAGCGGAACUGUUUAGAGAACAUUGCUCAAUGGGAUUCCACUCAAAUGCAAAACAAAUGGCUUGCUGUGAAGUUGCCUCUGCCUUGUGGAAUGUAUUUGCGCGUUUGCCGAAGAACGGUCAGAUGACAGCUGGUCCUGGGCGGCACCAGCAUUGGCUUUAAUGUUAAUAACAGUGCGGCUCCCUUUACAGUUACCCGGACCAAUGUGACCUCUCUGAUUUACUGAACAUCAAAACAAGGACAAUGCCAUUUACGGGGGACCUUCCUAUUUAAAAAUAUAUAUACAGUAUUGACAGCAAUUGUACAGCUAAAUAUAUAUAUAUUUUUAAUUACCUCUAUGUGUGUCUCCACAACCUGUCUCUCAUUUUCUGUUUAGGUCCUUAAAGGGCCAGUCUGGCCUAUUAGUAGAUCAUUGAUCCUGAAACACCAGCUGUGCUGUAGUGAUUGCAUCACCCUCAUUUGACCAUGCUGUACUGAGCAACCCUGAGGGAUUAGAGUGUUGGAUUACUAGCUGAUCAUUGUGUGGUGGAAUGGUGUGUGAGUUGUGCUGGGGAACAUGUUUAUUAUUACACGUGGAGGUUUUCUCUGGAUUCUGGAUGUGUACCUGUUUACCUGUGUGCUUUGCAUUAAUUUAAACAAUGUUUGGAUGUUGGACUGUGAAUUGUUCCACAGUGUACGGGUGUAUAUGUGAGCAAGUGAGCGAGAGAAAACAAUGUUAGAAGUAGAUGAAGGUAGGGUGUAAGAGCUAUUGAACAAAUCUCACGUGCCUGCUUUCUCAAUCAAAGUUCUUGCCUAUGGGCAUUUCCUUUACAUCCAGCAGGGGGUGCUAUUGCAUAUGAAAAGCCUUGUUUUGGAAGUGGCAGGUAUUGGCAAUGCAAUUUUCUUGGCCCUAAAAUGCUCUUGUUCAUUACAUAAUUCUUCAUGCUUGUUUCUUUCUCAUGCAGCACAAAAACAACAUUGUUUGGACUGCUUUGUUCCAUUCUUUCAACUUAAGUCUCUGCUGCAUCGGCCUAAACAGCUGGCGUGUGAAUGUUUUGGAGAUUUCUGAAAGCAAUCCUUUAAAGAGAUCAGGAGAAAAUCUGUGUAAUUUGGGUUACUGCAUGUGCUGAAUGUUGCAAGCUUGUAAGAAUAUUCAUAUUAUCAGAUGACUAUCAAUAGGAUAAUAAUACGCUAUGGUAUCAAAAUUGUGGGCCUUGUUUUU